GCCAAUAAUAAUAAAUAAAGGCAAAUGAAGAUUUUAUGGAAAGCAUAAUAUAAAAAUAUGUUAUAAAUAAUAAAUACGAAGAAAUAACAGAUAUUCCAUUAGUAGACGAAAAAGAAAUAUAACCAGAUUAUUAUUAGGAUAAAGCUCCAACCCCAGAAUUCAAACCAAAAGAAAAAGGAAAAGAAGUUUUUACUUAAAUAGAAGAUAAUGAAUUAUUUGAUUUUAUUUUGGAAGUAGAACCUGUGUUAUAAGUACUUGUGGGAAAAAGUGUAGGCUAAGCUAUAAUGGAGUUAAUGGAAGAAUUCGAAAUGGCAGAAUCUUAAAAAACUAAAAUGAUGAUUUAAAUGAGAAAAAAUGCCGAAUUAAUGGUUGUUUAAAGAAUGGAUGCUGCUUAUUAAAGAAGAUAAUAAGAAAUUUAUAGAAGAAAUAAAUAACAUAGUAUUAAUAAAGAAUAAAAUAAAUUAAUACAUAAAAGACUUUUAAGUAGAUAAAUAGUCAAGCGUACAAUGUUUGAUUCCAAAUAAAAUUGCUUAAAUGAUUUAGAAAAUUUAGGGUUUUUAAAAGAUUUAAAAGAAAAUAAAUUUUAGGUUCAUUUUAUUCCUAUUAUUGUUGAAAAUAUUAUUGAUUGUCUAAAAUCUAAUUAAGAAGAGAAAAAUUAUUUAGAUGUUUUUUUGAAUAAAAUAGAGAAAAAUGCUUAAGAUUUUCAUAGUAAAUAUAUUUAGAUUGAAAAAUAAAGAAAGUAGAAUAUUUUAAAUUAAAGAGAAGAAAAUAGAAUA